GAGCGACCAAAGCUGGAAAGGGAGGGGGUGGGGUUGUGAGCGUACCUCGGUGGUGGUGGGGGGCUGCCUGGGAAGGUAUCAUGGCUGCUGCUGCGGAGCUUAGUCACCCGAGCAGCAGUGACAGCAGUCUGGAGGGAAGCUGCAGCCCCAAUCUUUCCCGCGAGGUGCUCUGCGAAGUCUUUCAUUCCUUGCACACACUGGCUGGACAGCUUAACCUCAAAGAUGAUGUGGUGAAAAUUACAAUCGAUUGGAACAAGCUCCAGAGCCUCUCAGCAUUCCAGCCUGCAUUGCUCUUUAAUGCACUUGAGCAACACAUUUUAUAUUUACAGCCUUUUUUAGCAAAACUUCAGCCUCUCAUUAAAGAGGAGAAUUCAACUGCUAUUGAAGAGAUAGGAAAAACAGAAACGGGGAACAAGAAUGAACUAAAUGCCAAAUUUCCCACUGGUGACCUACAAGAGGAAGAAAAGCACAAAGAUUGCGAUUUAGGAGAUAUGAAAAAGAUACAAAUCCAUUUUGAUCCAGAAGUAGUUCAAAUAAAGGCUGGAAAAGCAGAAAUUGACAGACGAAUAUCUGCAUUUAUUGAAAGAAAACAAGCUGAAAUCAAUGAAAACAACGUCAGGGAAUUUUGCAAUGUUAUUGAUUGUAAUCAAGAAAAUAGUUGUGCAAGAACUGAUGCCAUUUUUACCCCUUAUCCUGGAUUUAAAAGUCAUGUAAAGGUUUCUAGAGUUGUGAAUACAUAUGGACCACAGACUAGACCUGAAGGAAUUCAAGGGUCAGGUCAUAAAUCCAACAGUAUGCUCCGAGACUGUGGUAAUCAGGCUGUAGAAGAACGACUACAAAAUAUUGAGGCUCACUUGCGAUUGCAGACAGGUGGUCCAGUGCCAAGAGACAUUUAUCAGAGAAUUAAAAAGCUUGAAGACAAAAUCCUUGAACUGGAAGGCAUCUCUCCUGAAUAUUUUCAGUCUGUAAACCUUUCUGGAAAAAGAAGAAAAGUUCAUCCACCUCAACAGAACUAUUCACUGGCUGAACUUGAUGAGAAAAUUAGUGCCCUCAAACAAGCUCUACUCAGAAAAUCAAGAGAAGCAGAAUCUAUGGCAACUCACCACCUUCCAUGAAAAAUUCCUCUCAUCUUUGUCAAUUUACUUUUUUUAUAUAUGUGUGUACCUUACACUUUAAUUAAUUAAUGGAUAUGUAUUUAUCAGUGUAAAUUUUUCUGUGAAGUCAAGGUGUAUUUUUACAUGAGUCUGUCUUGCAACAAGUAAUCUUCAUCUAUUCCAAUGAAGUUUGAAAUAAUCAGUGUGCUAAAAAUAUCAUUGUUGGAAUUUAUUCCCUUCUGUUUUAAAGGAGGUAUUUUGGAAGUUGAAAAACUUAAUUUGGAAGUACCUUGAGGUAUUGUUUUGUUUUGUUUUUUGGUGAACUACAGGAAGAUUAUUUUGAUAGUGAGAUUUAAAAUGAACUUUAUAUUUGUAACAUUGGUUAACCAGUUUACUAGUUCAAAUGUGCACAUAUGGGCAUUCAACAAAAAAAUCCAGUCUGAAAUGAAUUUUAAAUCCAUGUAUAAACUUAUAUUUUUAUUUCUUAAAUGUCAGUUAAUGUAAAUAAACAGUUGAUCCAAAUUUAUCCUUUUAUUAACUGUGUGAGCUUGAGCAAGAUAUUCUCACUUUGUGCCCUAAUUUCCUAAUUUAUAAAAGGGUAAUAAUAAUGGAACCUUACUUCAUUGAUUAUUAAGAAUAGGUGAGAUAAUGCAUUACAGAUUUUGAAACUGUCUGUUCCAAAGGAAUUAUUAACUGUUGUCAUUGAAUGAAACCUCGUCUAUUUGUGGAGAGUAGUAAUGAUAUUACAAAGAAGUUAUAUUGCUAUAGUUGGAAAUUAAACAUUUAAAAGAUGCAGUUAAUUAUAAUAUCCCAAGUCUUUCAAGGAGUAGCUGUUUAGGUCACAAGAAUUACCUGAUUGCAAGAAUCAGAAUUUUGCCUAACAUUGCUUGUAAAAUGGCAAUUGUUUCAAAAAAAAUAAAUAAAUAAAAAAUCUGAAACUUAAUUGCAACAAGUA